AUGAUACAGUCAGCCAUAGACUUGGCAUCGCGCCCAGCGAUUGCCGCGCCAUUAAUCAUAUUCUUGUCAUACGUCAUAUACCAACUCUUCCUCAAACCGUCAAACCUCCCAGAUCUACCCAUUGUCGGCGCCCGCGAAGGCGACUGGUUUCCUCUCCUGCAAGCCCGAAUCCGAAAUUCUCGCGAUGUCAAGGCCGCGCUCAACUCGUCAUACGUCCAGUAUAAGGACCAAGCUACCAUCCUUCCUCUACUUGACGCCGGCAAUGUCAUCUUACUACCGAAAUCCGAUACCAAGUUUGCGAGCGAGCAGCCUACCGAUGAGCUGAGUAUGCACGAAGCUGCCCAACAGGAUUUGCAGACCGACUUCACUACCAUUACGCCUGCUUUGACGCAUGAUCCUAUUCAUAUCGACUUGGUUCUUACGAAACUCACCAAAGAGGUCGGAAAUCUCAUUCCGGACCUUGCAGAGGAACUCGAGCAUUGUAUCAGCAAGUACUGGGGCACCAGCACAGAAUGGACCGAAAUUCCCGUUUUCGAAAAGGCGCAGGAGAUCACGAGUGGUGUUACGAACCGCGUAUUCGUGGGAUAUCCUCUCUGUCGAAACGAGGAAAUGUUGAAGCUGGGUAUUGCUUUUGCGCAAGACAUACCAGUUUCAGCCAUGCUCGUCAAGCUUUUCCACAGGUUUCUCAAGCCGAUUUUCGCACCGAUCAUAACCAUUCCGAACAGAAUUCACAACAACAAAUUCGAAAAGAUCCUCAAGCCAGAGAUCAAGGCUCGUCUAGCGGAAUAUGACGCUCGAGCGAGCACAGGAGAGAAAGGCCUCAAGUCCGACCGCAAUGACUUCCUGCAAUGGUCCAUCGAGCAAGCCAAGACUAUCGGCGAUCCGAAAAACUGGAAGAUCAACGCUUUGUCGGAACGUAUCUUGAUCUUGAACUUUGCGUCUAUUCAUACCACCACUUUCGCCGUUACCCACGCCCUACUCGAUAUCGCUGCUGCAUCGCCUGAGCUUAUUCCUGAACUUCGAGAGGAGAUUGAGGGUGUUCUUGAACAGCACGGCGGGCAAUGGAGUAAACGUGCCGUUGCCCAAAUGGAAAAGCUCGACUCGGCUAUCCGAGAAAGCCAGCGCAAGAACUCACUCGUCACCGUCGGCGUAGGCCGCUACGUCGUUGCAGACAAGGGUGUGACAUUCCCCUCAGGAGCCCACGUACCCAAAGGGUACAGGAUAGCCGUCCCCGGAUACUCAGUCUUUCAAGAUCCCGGAAUCUACCCCGAGCCAAAGACCUACAGGCCAAUGCGCUUCUACAACGCUCGACAAGAUGAGAAGGAUGGUUAUGUGAAGAGCGCGCGCAAUGCACUACCGACAGCGACAAAGGACUUUUUGGCUUGGGGUUUGGGAAGGAACGCUUGUCCGGGACGGUUCUUUGCGUCCAAUGAGAUCAAGAUGAUGUUGGCUUAUAUGUUGCUUCAUUAUGAUAUUGAGCAUUUGGAGGAGAGACCGAGAAAUACGUGGAUCGUGCAGAACAGGAUUCCGCCUAUGAAAGCGACGUUGAGAAUAAAGAGGGUUUCACGGGUUUAG